GCUUUUCUGAGAAGAGACCAUUUUGUGUUAGAGGAAGCAGUAUCUCUCUUGGAUGUCCUAACAACGUAGCUCUAAAUUUAAAAAACCCCAGGACUUAGACAGAAGAAGCUGGGCAUUAGGCAAGGAAUUAUUGGACACCCUGGAGGUGGUCACACACAGGGAAUAGAUGGCUGUUUCACCGAUAGUACUGCUAUGAACGUUCUCUAACUGCCUAGAGGAGAACAUUUACAAUGGAUUUGCGAAACAUUCCCUACCGUUCAGAUGUGGUUACAUGGAACCCGGAUGACUUAGCAGAAUAUUUUAGGAUGUUAAAGUAUAAGGACUGUGAGAAAGUCGUGAGAAAGCACAGCAUAAAUGGACAAAGGUUUUUGAACAUGUCUGAAAAUGAUAUUCAGAAAUUUCCCAAACUCAGAGUGCCAAUUGUAAGUAAAUUAAGUCAAGAAAUAAACAGAAAUGAAGGGAGGCUAUCUUUCUUCCCAAAACGGGCCCAAACACAAAAAAGUCCUGAAAAUCCAGGAUACAGUCAAGAAGACGGUGGCUGGUCUUCAUUUGAUGAAGAAGAUGAUGACUAUGAAAGCCCUGAUGAUGACCAGGAAAAGGAAGAUGAGGCUGACUAUGAAUCACCAACAGAAGAACCUGAGGAAGCAGAACACGACAGUGAUGGCUAUGAGCCACCUCCAUCCAAUAACGAUGAAGCACACCACAAUGUCAUAUUUCCUGCCAAGUCUCUUGCAAACAACACAGAUUAUAUAGACAGACCUCCAACAUCUAGAUCUUCACAUCAGCCUCCAGUACCACCCCAGCGACCUGGCCCAUCCCCAGUACCAGCCUCAUUUGGAGGAAGAGGUGUUUCUCUGCCAGCUUUUCCUCCUCCACCAAGCAACAGUGACUUGAGUAGAGACAAAAAUAUCAAACCUUUGAAACCCCCAGCUCCUUCUAUAGACAGAAGCACAAAACCCCCACUGGAUCGCCUUGCUCCACCAUUUGACAGAGAAAGCCCAGGAUCAGGGAGGAAGCCAGGUUUACCUGAAAAGCCUCUGACUUCGCAGCUAAGAUCUCUGGGGGAACAGCUAGCAAUGAUGCCAAAACCUCCUGUCCCACCAAGUGACAGAUAUGAAAGAGGCAAUCCGUCUCCUCUAAGGAAGCAAACCCCUGUAAAGCAGGGUUGGCCACAACACAAAAAAAAUGAAGUAAGUAUGGUAGCUGCACCCCAAAGACCAGUGCCACAGCUAUCUUUGCCCCCAUACAGCUCCAAUACAUUUCCAUCCAAAUCUGUCAAGCCUCCACCUAAGCCAGGAUCCAACAGUAUGCCUGGUGCAGAAAGUGCUAGAAACCUGUCUUCAAGUGGCUCACUACCACCACGCUUACAUCUAGGCAGCAACAGCAGAUCUCCUUCAAGAGGCGUAGCUGACAUGAGACCUCCAUUGCCAAUUCCUAGCAGACAGACUGCUCACCAAACGAACAUGGAGGACGAUGAGGACUCACUAAACGAUGAAUGGUAUGUUGCUUAUGUUAGUCGGCCAGAAGCAGAAGCAGCUCUUCGAAAAAUAAACAAGGAUGGAACAUUCUUGGUAAGAGACAGCUCAAGAAAAACUGCUACUCAUCCAUAUGUACUGAUGGUGCUGUACAGAGACAAAGUAUACAACAUCCAGAUUCGUUACCAGGAGCAAAAUCACAUAUAUUUGUUAGGAACUGGCUUAAAAGGAAAAGAGGAUUUUUCUUCUGUAGCAGAUAUCAUCGAUUACUUUCAAAGAACACCUCUUCUUCUGAUUGAUGGAAAAGACAGAGGUUCAAGAAACCAGUGCAUGUUAAAAUAUGCUGCAGGACAUAUUUAAGAUGGUUGAAAUUCAAAACAAGGUCACAAAGGAGUAGGUGGCUUUCCACUGAAAGACAAAGUGCAAAGGAUCAUCAUGGUAUUUAUUGAAUGGUAGAUGCUGCGGGAAUGGCGAUUUAUAUACAGCACUCGUUGAAGGAUUCAUCUAUCAACUCUUUCAAAAAUUUGAAGGACUGCCUUGUUUUGUUUACUUCAAGAAGGUUAAAUAAAGUUUGAUAUUAGCACACUGGUAAUAUUUCUAUUAGGAAACUAUUACUGUCCUGCAAAGGAAUGACUUUGACUACCUAACAGAUUUUUCCCAUGGUUAGCUAACAUGAUUCCAUUUCUAUGUAACUACUGUUUCAUUAAUUUGUCAAAACAAAAGAGCAACUGAAUUGUUUGAUUAGAUGAAAAAACAGUUGUAUGACAUGGAAAACACAAGCCAUUCACAACUGCACACUUUUUAAGGUAAUGCCUUAAACAGCUUCCGGUUUAGCUGGAUGAUAAACUCAGAAUUACCAUUUAGUUUCUUCAGUUCAUUGGACAUUUUGUGAAUAUUUUUAAUUGCAGCUUCAAGGUUAAACUGCUCAGCAGCAGCAGCAUUUUUGAAUGACUGUAAGAAAUAGAAACAAAACAUAACUGCCAGUGUAUGUAUGAUCCAUAAACUCAUCAUAACUUUUAUUAAUUUUAUGGAUUGAAUUACUUCAUGAACUUUAUUAAGUUUAUGAAACACAAACUAAUAAUAACCUUUAUGAAUUUUUAUUUGGUUUUCUAAAAUAAUAUUUUAACUAAACUGUCCCCCCCUUUUAUAAUUAUCUACUUAUUAUGGCAAAUUGCAACUACUGAAGGCAACUACUAAACACUCAGGCUUUAUUUUUGUAUCUGUUCCUCUGUUUCUAUUUUUUUUUAGCAAACAACUGCAAUGAAAUUAAACAUACGUAAAAUUUCAUCUCCUCACCAGCAUUUUUAAAAUUUUUGUUUUCGACCUCAGAAUCUCAAUGAAAAUUAAUCGUCAGGUAAUAUUUAGUCAACCACAAGAUGGAGCUAUUGUGAGGUUAACAUGCAUAACAGAACUUACUGUCACUAUUAGCACUGAAUGUUAAUGAAUCUGCUAACACCUGCCUGGGAACAUUUGUGUCUGUAUAGGCAAUUAUUUUAUAAUCAACAUCUUCUUGCUUAUUUUGGAGAUCAUCUUCCCUCCCUUUAACAUUGUAUUUAAAAAAAACAAUCAAAAUCUGGAGACAAUUAAGACUAGAAACCAUCUGAAAUUAAGUAUAAUUUGAAUUUUUAAAUUUAUACUACACUCUUUUUUAGAAUUUAUCUUUUUAGGACAAAUAUUAAAGAAACUUGCACAUAUUUUUUUGGCCUAGUUAUCAGCUCUCUAUCAUUCAGAAAGUCUAAAAAUAAAGCCUGAAUAAACUCUGGGCGAUUCAUAAAUAAUGCUCACUUUGCAGAACACCUCAACACAUUGAGAGUUAUGACAAAAAAACCUAAACAUACAUUUAGCAUA